GACGUUUUUCUGAUAUCUUCAAAUCGUAUCCUAAAGUUAAAUGUUAAGUCACUAAAUAUAUUCAUAAAAUCAAAGUCUGUACUCUGUAGUUCUUUUAAACAAUCCGCCGUUGAGAAAAAGACUUAUUUAUCCUCUUAUUUACGUCAUCUCCACAGUUCAMAAAAGUCCUCGUUUUCUCUUAGAAAAGAAGUUAAGGUUUUAAGGUAUAGUAAUUAGUUUCUCUUCCCACCAGCUAUUCUUACCCUAAUGUCACUUCAAGUAUAGUUUUAAAAAUACCAUGAAUCAAAAUUACUGGAAGUUAUUUGCUAAUAAAUUGUUCCUGUUGUUUUUUUCUUCAGCAUAUCUGUUCUACAAUCCAGUAAUCGGCAAUGCUGUAAAACUCCACAGCCAAAAUAUUGAUAUGACAUUAGCAUCUAAUGAGUUAGUUAUAAUAAAUUUCUAUGCCGAUUGGUGUCGGUUUAGUGGCAUUCUUACUCCAAUCUUUGAAGAAGCUGCUGCAAAAGUUUCUGAACUUUAUCCAGGGCCCGGUAAAGUUGUGUUGGGGAAAGUAGACUGUGAUAGUGAAAGUAAGUAAUCAUAUUUUAUAUUUCU